ACUAUCUGAAAACGGGCCAAAUACUGUGUGACCUCAACACUAUACUAUCUCUCACUGGAAGCCGAACAAUGCUGAUAAAACCCUCCCGACUAAAAUCGAGAAUUUCGACUAUCAGUUCCAACAUCCUUUUUGCGCUGUGCAGUACAAAUGGCUACUUACACAGUUGUGUUUCUGUCUCUUUUUGCCUUAAUACCUCUGGCUGCAUCACAAUGCUCGGUGGAAAAGGCGAAGCCGGGCCUUCGGAGGGCCAUCUACGACUUCGCAACAGAACUGACGACCAGAGUCGCCAUCGACUCUGAAAACCACUUCGUGAUGUCGCCACUGUCUUUGUGGACUCUUCUGGCGGCUGUGUCUGAAGGAGCUGACUCCGAAACCCUCGUCCAACUGAAGAGGGCGCUAAGGCUACAUCCGCGGAAGUGCUUCAACAGCAAAUACUACGAGAUUCUAAGGGGAGUUGUUGAGAGUCAAGGAGAAACGAUUCUCGAAAGAGGCGGAGCUGUGGUUAUAGACGAAGGAUUUGCUGUCAAGAAGGCUUUUAAAAGCCGGAUUGAUGCGGCCGGCGUCUGCAAAGUCCUGACGACGCAGUUCGCUGCCGCUGAAGACGCGGCUUCUGCUAUUAAUUCCUACGUCAGUCGCGCGACCCACGGAGCUGUCGAAGAAAUAACAUCGCCAGAAGAUUUGGACGGCAAGAGUCUUCUGCUCCUGGACACGAUAUACUUCAAAGGCAAAUGGACUGUUCCAUUCUCCACAGCGGAUACUGAGGUCAGCACUUUCUACGACGAGUUCGGAGGAGCGGCUGGGGACGUGAACCUUAUGUUUAUAACUGGAGACUUCAAUGUUGCACAGAUAGAUAAAAUCCAGGCGAAAGUUCUAGAACUGCCGUAUGCCGGCGGGAAGUACUCUAUGCUCGUGUUUUUGCCGUACACCGACGUGCCUCUAGUCCAAGUGAUUGAAGCCCUCAACUUGAUCAACUUGCAGUCAAUAUUCCACCUCUAUGAGAAGAAACCCGCAAGGACCGUGAUGGUGCAACUGCCGAGGUUUAAAAUCGAAUCUAACUUGGACUUUUUGGUGGAGUUACUGCAAGAUAUGGGCCUCACGCAAAUGUUUGAUGAACAAGCCAGUUUCCCUCUCAUAUCUGAUCAGGCACUGUAUGUGUCCACUUUACUGCAGAAGGCUAAUAUUGAGGUGACUGAGGAAGGCACAGUGGCUAGCGCAGUGUCUGAAGCCGGAUUCUCUUCACGAUUGAUGCCAGAACAGUUUGUGGCUCAGAAGCCAUUCUUGUACAUGAUUGUGGAUAAAGUAAAUGAAGUGGUUUUGUUUACUGGUGCCUACUCUAAACCUAGUGUUUAUUAAGUACAUAAAUUAAUAGGUCUGAAUUGUAUAAUGUUUGUGGUUUGAGUAAUGAUCUCACUUGAGGUAAAUUAUGCAUCAAUUCUGUAUCAUAAACACUAUGAAAGCUGAUAUCUAUCUGUGAAAUAAAUCACUACCAAAGGUGGUUUAAAAAAAAUAUGUUGAUAAAGA